AUGUCGGUUACCGUCAAGACUGGUAACUCCCUGUUCUUGAUCAACUAUGCCACCCAGAUCUUGUGCUUCGUAGCUGUGACCGUCUUGUUGUGGCUGCGGCUCUUUGUUCGGUGGCGGUUGAAACGGGCUCUGGGCUUCGAUGAUGCGGCGUGUGUUUGUGGAUGGGUCACCUUUAUGGGGUUUUGCGCAAAUGCUUUAAUAUACGGAUUUAAAGGCGGUACCAGGCCAUAUCAAGAUUUAACCCAGGAUGAAUUUGAAGAAUGCAUGAAGGUGCGAAAAGAAGAAGUUGACGCCAACACCAAAUCCGUUGCUCACGCACAACAGGUAUCAUACGUGGCAACUGCUGUAUAUGCACCGGCAGCACUAUUUGUCAAGUCAAGUCUGAUCUAUGUCUUGAUCAGAGUCUUUCAGCCUUUCUACACGGCCUACUGGAGGGUAUCCGAAAAAGACCAUGCCACCUGUCUGAACCAGCCGGGAGUGAUCAUCGCAGAUUCAAUUAUUAGCUUCGUGACUGAUAUCGCUAUAUUCGCAUUCCCUGUCGCUCUGACAUGGUCUUUACAAAUGCCCAUCUGGAAGAAGAUACGUGUUAUAUUUCUACUUGGACUAGGAGGCAUCGCUGUUGCCUUCAGUCUAUACCGCCUGGUUCUUGGCGUGCGCGAGUCGAACAAUCCCAACGAAACCACUGUGUACAUGAAAUCUAUCCUGACAGCGAACGCGGAAAUUGGCCUGGGCCUUAUCUGUGCUUGUCUUCCUGCUCUGAACGUUCUCACGACGCAUACCCAGCAACGUACCCCUGAGGCGAGGAAAAUCUUCACCCGACGGAAGAAGAAUGCCCAGCCAUCGGACCGUAUAUUUGAGGGCGAUCAGUUUUCGCGGAGUCAGUUGAGUAGCUGUGCCCGUCGGGGAUCGACAGAUUCAGCUGGGCUCAUGGUGAGCCACCAAGCCUCGGGCUUCCCAGUGGGAGAUGGGAAUGAUACGAUAUUUAAGAUGGUUUCCUUAAACCAGCACUGGGAAAACGCUUCUCAGGGUGCGCAAAGAACCGACCGGACGGAAAUAAUAUAA